CUCUCGUCUCGCCGUUUCAAAUGACUUACAAAAGCAGUCUUCCCCCCAUCCAUUCUUCAAUACAUAGACACAGAGAAAUAUGGCCGACGAAGCCAAGAGCAAAGGCAAUGCGGCGUUCUCCGCCGGAAAGUUCGAGGAGGCCGUCAACCACUUCACCGAGGCGAUCAACCUCGCACCCACCAAUCACGUCCUCUUCUCCAACAGAUCCGCUGCCUAUGCCUCCCUGGGCAAUUUCUCCGACGCCCUCUCUGACGCUCAGAAGACUGUCGAGCUCAAGCCAGACUGGUCAAAGGGGUACUCCCGGCUGGGAGCGGCUCACCUUGGCCUUCGUAACUACGAAGGGGCUAUCGCUGCUUAUAGGAAGGGUCUAGAAUUCGAUCCCAAUAACGAGGCUUUGAAAUCUGGCCUCGCCGAUGCGCAGUCUUUUCAGGACCGUUCCAGUAGACCAUCUUCUUCUCCCCUGGGGGAUGCGUUUGCGGGACCAGACAUGUGGGUUAAGUUGACCCGCGACCCUACUACACGGGCUUACUUGCAACAGCCAGAUUUCGUAAAAAUGAUGCAGGAUAUCCAGAAAGACGCUAACAAUCUUAAUAAGUAUUUGAAGGACCAGAGGGUAAUGCAGGCACUUGGCAUUCUGUUAGGUGUGAAUUUGCAAACUAGGACGGCACAGGACUAUCACGAGGUGCCUGAAGCCUCCUCCGAGCCUGUGAAGGUUAAACGUUCUGAAACUGAACCUGAACCAAAGACAGAACCCCAACCUAUGGAGCUCUCUGCCGAGGAGAAAGAGUUAAAGGAUAGGAAGUCUCGUGCAUUAGAAGAGAAAGAGGCUGGUAAUGCAUUCUAUAAGAAGAAGGAUUUUGAGACGGCUAUUCAUCACUAUUCAAAAGCUAUUGAGCUUGACGAUGAAGAUAUUUCGUUCCUUACUAAUAGGGCUGCUGUGUACUUGGAAAUGGGGAAGUAUGAGGAAUGCAUCAAAGAUUGUGAUCAAGCUGUUGAGAGGGGGCGAGAACUUAGAUCCGAUUUCAAGAUGAUAGCAAAGGCUUUGACAAGGAAGGGCACAGCCUUGGUGAAGAUGGCAAAAUGCUCAAAGGACUAUAAACCUGCUAUUGAGACUUUCCAGAAAGCUCUUACAGAACAUCGCAAUCCUGACACACUAAAAAAACUUAAUGAUGCAGAAAAGGCAAAGAAAGAAUUAGAGCAACAAGAGUCCUUUGAUCCAGAGAUAGCUGAUGAAGAGCGUGAGAAAGGUAACCAGUUUUUCAAAGAGCAAAAGUAUCCGGAGGCAAUCAAGCACUAUACAGAAUCUAUAAGAAGGAAUCCCAAAGAUCCAAGAACCAUUUAAACAACACUUUAGGAGAUGGGAAGACUUGUAGAGUUCAAAAACUGAAGAUUGACAUCAUUGUUAUACAAACCUUAAAGGAGGGAGCGAAAUUUCUUACGUGAUGUUCUUGCUCUCUUUGACUCUUUUUAGGCAUAUAGCAAUAGCAAUAGGGCUGCUAGCUACACCAAACUUGGGGCAUUGCCUGAGGGGCUCAAAGAUGCUGAGAAAUGCAUUGAGCUUGAUCCUACAUUUGCAAAGGGUUACACUAGAAAGGGUGCAAUUCAGUUCUUCAUGAAAGAAUAUGAAAAAGCUCUGGAGACCUAUCAGCAAGGGUUGAAGCUAGAUCCUAAUAACCAGGAAUUACUAGACGGUGUGAGGAGCUGUGCUGCACAAAUAAACAAAGCAACUCGUGGUGAUCUCAGCCCAGAGGAGCUCAAGGAGAGACAGGCCAAGGCAAUGCAAGACCCAGAAAUCCAGAACAUUUUAAGUGAUCCUGUAAUGAGACAGGUUCUUGUGGACAUGCAAGAGAACCCUAAAGUUGCUCAAGAACACAUGAAGAACCCACUUGUGAUGAACAAGAUCCAAAAGUUGGUCAGUGCAGGAAUUGUUCAAGUCCGAUAGAGAGCAGAACUCAUUUAAUAUAUAGGGUCAAAAGAAAGCAUAGCCAUUGUAUUUUGAAGGGGAUGGUUUGGACUUUGGAUAUUAUAUUAUUAUGUGAAGGCUCCAUUUUCCUUUUGUAUUG